UUUUUUUCUUUCUUCUUUCAUUCAAUCAAUUUAUCCCAUUGAGCGUCAAUUUUAUGACAUUUAGCGUUGAUUUGUUAUUAAGUCAAGAGGCUAAGCAAGCUGUAUUACAAUAGGCGUUAGUAUUACAUUAAGCGGCAAUUAUUGCAUUAAGGGUUGAUACAAGAUUCCUUGCUAGCAGAAGCCCCUUUCCUUUGUAUUUUCAGAAUUUGACAGUUGUGAAGCAUAAAAGUAUUUUCAUUCCUAUCUCUUAACUUCUGUCGCAUAGAUAUCGGUAUAUAUUAGAUUGAAUAAUAACUAUUGUACAUUCCUUUAGGAGGCAAUACCUAUGCGAUGGCGUCGAUCCGUGCUGGAAUGAAGCUAUGGAGUGAUGCGACCUGCAUCAAAUUCAAACCCAGGACCACCGAGCACAACUACGUCGAGUUCUUCCGGGGAUCUGGGUACGAGUAUUUCCUCACCUGCUUUUUUUAUUCUAACAAGAGUGAUGUGUGACAAUUGAUAAUUCACAUUGCGUGACAAGGCUGAAGUUGUAUUGCUUGACAAUUAUUUUGAUAUGUCCUGGUAUGCUUUAAAGGGCGCAUUUCGUGACAUUACUUGAUACAUUUUGACAAAGUUCUAGAUGACGAACAUCUUGGGGUAUAUUGAAUAACACAAUAUAAAAUUGUGAUAGAGCCGUAUUGUUCUGCUACAACAAAAGUUCCUCCUCUGUUAACUCAUUUCUCUCCGUAGGUGUUACUCCAACGUUGGCGUCGCUGGAGGAAGGCAGCAGCUCUCAUUGGCUAGUGGCUGCUGGUACCAGGACACAACUUCGCACGAGAUCGCGCAUGCGCUCGGUUUCUACCACGAGCAGUCUCGUCCGGACAGGGACCAAUACGUGCAGAUUAUGUGGGGCAACAUCCCCUCAGGCGUGCGAUAUAACUUCAACAAGAUGACCACCUCCCAGAUCAACGCUCUGGGGACACCAUACGACUAUGCUUCCGUCAUGCACUACGACCGCACAGCCUUCGGGGACGGCAGAGAAACCAUUCGGCCCCUCAAAGCAGGCGUCACCACUCUUGGCAACAGACAGGGACCAACAGCCAUUGACAUCGAGCAGAUGAAUCUGCUGUAUAAGUGCAGCGGUGGAGGAGGUACCGGUGCAACUAAACCCCCGGUAACGCAAGCUCCUGUCACGCAAGCGCCACCAGGUAUGGUUGAAAUGAAGAAGCAAUCAGCCGCA